AUGAACUAUGCUCGCACGGCCAACGAAGGCGAAGCCGCUCAGAACGAAGUUUGGGUAAUCGUGCAUCCAUCUGUCGAGCCAACAUCGCUGGGCCUCUUUUCACAACACCGAGACCUGGGCUUCUGUUCACAAAACUGAGAGCACCUUGGGCUAUGAGAGCUCCGCGCAGGCGCGGCUUGUGGAGGUCAUCGAUCGCCACGCUCCUCCGCAAAGCCUGUCAGCGACUUUUGGAGCGAUGUUGACAGCAGGGCAACUUGGUGUUCUUCCACGGUGCCGGGGUUACUAAAGCUCAGCUAGGCAAAUUUGCGCGCCACGAACGAGAGCGAGGGCUGGCAAGCGAGCCAAUUUGCAUCUUCGGUUCAAGUUUGGGGCUGCAGGGUCGGACCUGAGAACGUCGCAGCUCUCACGAAGCGCGCUAGUCGAGGUCUGCCAUCCCUCGCCCCCGCAAAAGGCACUCUAGCUCGUUUCUGUGUUCCAAAGGCCGAUGUGAAAGCCGGCCUUGCCGCGGGUAAUCCAUCUAUUGCUCGAGCAUACAGUGGUAGUGGCUCGAGCUGUGAGAGACCGCUGGCCCACGUCGCAACAGACUGACACCCAGUCUUCUCUUGAAUCAGGUGAUCGCGGCGCAAGACUCUCGUGCCGAAUCGACCCACCGCCAAGCCAGCUGCGGACGUGAACGAGAGAAGGCCAAUCAAUUGUGGGCUCGGCGGGGCUUGGCGGGAGACCAGCGCUCAUGUAAUCGUACCCAAAAAGGGGGCAACGAUACCUUGUUACUGACGUGUCCCUGCUUGCGUCUCAGUCGUCACCAGGUCGCGAGAGCACACCACCUCGUCACGGCGGACUCUUCGUACUUCGCGGCUCCGAAUGAAUCUGGCAGCAGUGGCUUAGGGGUCUUGCACGAGUAUAUUAGUCCCUCCGGGCUACUCACUGGCGACCUGCUCGGAAAAACACGCGCAGUGUGAGCAGGAAAAACGGUCUCGAAGCGGUUGGGCCGCAGACGGGCUCACUGCAUGCAUCCGGACGCUUGACACUCACGCUUACGCAGAGUCUCUACUAGCCAGUACCGGUCCAUGGUAUUUGAGGUUUACCGGUAG